AUGUUGACGACGAUCGGAACCCUCCUCCCCCGCCCCCUCCCUCGCCUACUCCCCUCGCUUUCCUCGACCCCCACUUCCCUUUUACACGACACCGCCGCCUCUAGGGUUUCCGAUCCCAGUACGCUUGUCGGCGGAAUUAGGGCCUCCCUCGCCCGACUCUACUCCGCGUCCUCCGGCGGGUGGGGCGGUGGAGGCGGAGGCGGAGGUAAGGACGCCUGGGGCGACUCCGACCAACCCAGAUCUGACGGCGGCGCCGGUGGUGGAGGAGGAGAACCGAUUCCCGGCCUCGAUUGGGGCGAGUCCUCCUCUUGGUCCACGGGCUUGACCAAGGAGCACUUCGAUGGCGAGGCCGUCGGGCGCCAGGUCGCUCCCGGAAGCGAGCUUAAGGCGGUGGCGAGAGCGAUGGAUGAGGAAGAUGAGAUCUUGAGGGCGGUAGAGAAGGAUAACCGGGAGAACAAGGCGUUCGUGGAUGGGUGGGGGGAUAGGAUGAUGGAGACCUACCAGCUUCUGAAACAGGUGAGGGAACCUGGGGCGAGGGGGGCUUAUCUCAAGGACUCGGAGAAGGCGGAGAUGUACCGGCUUCAUAAGGAGAAUCCAGAGGUGUACACGGUGGAGCGACUGGCGAAGGACUACCGGGUUAUGAGGCAGAGGGUGCAUGCCAUCCUGUGGCUGAAGGAGAUGGAGGAGGAGGAGGACAAGAAGCUAGGCCGGCCUUUGGAUGACUCUGUUGAGAUCUUGCUCGAUAACUUUCCAGAAUUUUUCAAUUCCCAUGAUAGGGAAUUCCAUGUAGCUUCCCUUCCUUAUAAACCUGACUUCAAGGUCAUGCCUGAGGGCUGGGAUGGCACCACAAGAGAUCCUGAUGAGGUUCUCUAUGAGAUCUCAAUCAAGGAAGACCAAAUGCUAUAUGAAGAAUUUGUUCAGCGGUUGAACUUCAACAAAAAGAAAGUGGCUGGGGAGGUAAAAUGCCACAAAUAUAGCAGGAGGCGACCAUCAGAAGGAUGGAGUUUUACCAUAGAGAAGCUGGGUCCUCAUGGAAAACGUGGAGGUGGUGGUGGCUGGAAGUUUGUGAGCUUGCCUGAUGGAUCGAGUCGUGCGUUGAAUGAUAUGGAAAAAAUGUAUGUGAAGAGGGAGACACCAAAGCGCCGGAGGAGAAUUAUCCCCCCUUUUAAAUAACUAUGACAAGUUAUUAAUCGGCCUAAAAUAUACUAUCAUUGGACAUGGGAGGAAAAGCUUCACCUCUCACGGCGAAACUGUGGGUUAUUUGAGGGGCAUGUUGUGCUGCACUGAGUUAUCCAACUUGCAUCUUGCAUCUGAUAAUGUGAAGUCAAAUUUCAAUGUUAUUUGAUGGAAAUCUUAUGCUGGCUGUAGGUUGACUGUAAUAUCAACCUCCAUCAUUGAAUUCUUGCUCUCUAACUCAAUUAAACAGAUUUUGUCUCCAGAGGGAAGAACUUUCAUGCCCA